CAGAUUCUGAGUUACAAAAAAGUACGAAGCUUUACCAAUAAACAAAGCCAUACCAUUCACCCUUUUACGCAUUCUUCUCAUUCUUCCUCAGAUUGUCUAUAUAUAUAAUAACAUCAAACCUCUUCUCUUCACGUUCCUUCAACCUCCAUUAUCACAAAAAAUGGCCCGUCACCCUUACCCUUCUUCUUCUUUUUCUUCAAGUAGUGAGCCUUGCAUCCCGUUUCACCUCUGUUUCUUCCUUCUGACUCUGUUCACGUUGGUGGGUUUCUCGUGGUACUCGAGCUACGAGCAAAUAGUGGAGAGCUUGAUGGAGCAAGUGAAAACGGUGAUAAUGGUGUCUCCUCUGGUUCUGCUACUGAUACUUCACUUGAUGUCAAACUAUGGAGGAGGAGGAAGUUGGGGGAGUGGGGCAUUGCGGUCUUUGAUUCCUUCGCCGGAGAAAGAGUCGUUUCACAGAGCAGGAGGGACGCCGUGGGGAGUUGGGCUGCUUCUUGUGGUUGUCCUGUUCAUGGUGUCUCAUCGCUCUUAACGAUGGUUCCCUCUGCUUUCCAGGUGAAUGAUCCAGAGAAUGGGAAGAUAUACGUGUUGGAUAUAUUUCUCCUGUGUCAUUGACUUUUGUAAUAUGUUAAAUAAUUUUGAGAAUUCGAUGUUAUUGCUUGU